GGGUUUUCAGAUCAUUAUUUUAGUGUCUGAUCUCUUACUUAAUGUUUGUAGAGUAAAGACUAAAUUUCUAAUUCAAAGAAAAUGACAAGUAGUAAAUAUAAUUUGUGUUUCUUGGCACUGGUACUUUUUAUGACAAACAUACGUUCUGAAAAUGAUUUCCUCGAUCAUACACGGUCAACAAAACUAUCUAAAAUAUUACGACAAUGUCAUCGAAGUGAUCCAAAUUUGAACGACUGUAUAAAAUGCGCCAUCGAAGACCUAAGGCCAUACUUGGCAAGAGGAAUUCCGGAAUUAUUUAUACCCUCAUGUGAACCACUUUACAUACCUGAAAUUGUGAUGAACCAAGGCAACAAGGGAAGUGUUAGCGUACAAUCAAUUUAUCGAAAUAUUAGUGUGUAUGGGCCGAGUCAAUUUAUUUUAAAAAGUGUCAAAGUGGAUAUGGAAAAAGAAAGGAUUCGAAUUAAAGUAUGGUUGCCUCAUCUGCAUAUGACAGCCAAUUAUUCGAUCGAAGGCAGAAUUCUUAUGUUACCUAUUUCUGGGCAUGGUCUAAGCGAGGGAAAUUAUACAAAUAUUGAGGCUAAUGUUCUCAUCCAAGGUAAUACUAUUCAAAUUGAAGGUAGAAAUCAUUUUAAUGUCCAAGAUGUAGCCAUUGAUUUUCAAAUCGGUCAUGCAAGUAUUUACCUCAGUGACUUGUUUGAAGGCGACUUGGAACUUGGUGAAGCGAUGAAUACAUUUUUAAAUGAUAAUUGGAGACAUGUAGCUCAAGAAUUCAAACCUAUUCUCGAAGAAACGAUUGGUGAUCUCUUCAAAAAAUUCGCCAACAAAUUGUAUCACAAAUACCCGAUAGAGGAUUUUCUACUAAUUUAAGUAUUAUUGUGUGUUGAAAGUAAUCCAUAAAUUAUGUGUAAAUA